AUGGGGCAAUGGACAGUAGCACACCACAAGAGGGUGUUGGUGAGGAUGGAGAUGCUGAAUUAUUGGAUGAGGAGUGGGGCAGCGGUUCGGAUUCAGAGGAUGAUUUGGAGGAACAACCAGUGGUCGAAGGUGCUCAAGCUGGUGCUCAAGGUGCUGUCCAAGGUCAUGUGCACACCGUUCUGCGUGAAGUAUUUGGAGGGAUGGGAGGAGGAGGUGAGAAUGGGGGAUGCGGAGAGAUGGGAGGUGCAGGUGAGAAUGGGGGAGGCGGAGGGAUGGGAGGAGGAGGUGAGAAUGGGGGAGGCGGAGGGAUGGGAGGAGGAGGUGAGAAUGGGGGAGGCGGAGGGAUGGGAGGAGGAGGUGAGAAUGGGGGAGGCGGAGGGUUGGGAGGAGGAGGUGAGAAUGGGGGAGGCGGAGGGUUGGGAGGAGGAGGUGAGAAUGGGGGAGGCGGAGGGUUGGGAGGAGGAGGUGAGAAUGGGGGAGGCGGAGGGUUGGGAGGAGGAGGUGAGAAUGGGGGAGGCGGAGGGAUGGGAGGAGGAGGUGAGAAUGGGGGAGGCGGAGGGAUGGGAGGAGGAGGUGAGAAUGGGGGAGGCGGAGGGUUGGGAGGAGGAGGUGAGAAUGGGGGAAUGGGAGGAGAGGCAAGAGCAGGAGGGAGGGGAGUA